CAAGCAAAACAAGGGGAGGUGACUGUGUGCUGAACCGAACGCUUGCGUGGAAGAGAUAUUUUUAUCGGAAUCACAAAUUCAAGUUUUCAAUUUGAAAUCUACUGAUAAAAUACCGUCCCAUUCGAUCCGAAAAUGAGUGACGGAGACUACAGGUCAAGUAAAAAUGACAUGGAGGAUUCCUUCCAAUCUGGGCGUUCCAAAAGUCCUCGCGACUACGGUGGCCGAGGAGAUAACAAUGAGCCAGAACAGUACCGAAAGUUAUUUAUCGGUGGACUGGACUACAAAACUACAGAGGAGUCACUCAAGUCCUACUUUGAGCAGUGGGGUGAAAUCGUAGAUGUUGUUGUUAUGAAAGAUCCCAAAACCAAAAGGUCUCGAGGUUUUGGAUUCAUCACAUACUCAGAUAGCAGUAUGGUGGAUGAGGCACAAAAUGCCAGGCCCCACAGAGUUGACGGCCGCGAAGUUGAGCCUAAAAGAGCGGUUCCCCGUCAAGACAUAAAUAAACCCGAGUCGGGAGCCACAGUGAAAAAGCUAUUUGUUGGAGGUUUAAGUGAUGCCAUUGGAGAGGAGGAGCUUCGCGACUACUUUACACAAUUCGGAGAUAUAACUUCUGCCGUGGUUGUAACUGACAAGGAAACUGGCAAGAAGCGAGGAUUCGGAUUUGUCGAGUUCACUGAUCACGACCCAGUGGACAAAAUAUGCUGUAAGUACUUAAUGCGAGACCACAAUAUUUGUGGAAAGCGAGUUGAUGUGAAGAAGGCGUUGAGCAAGGCUGAAAUGGCCAAUGUUGGCCGUGGAGGUGGCGGCAACGACCGUGGUUCUGGUGGCUUUGGAGGAAGAGGCGGUGGCGGCGGAAUGAUGGGCGGCCGUGGCGGCAACGGACCUGGUCCCUGGGGCAACAGAGGUGGAAUGGGAGGAGGUGGCGGAGGCCAGUGGUCCAACGGUGGUGGCGGAUUUGGAGGCGGCGGUGGAGGCUACAACAGCGGUGGAAAUUACAACGGAGGAAGCGGUGGAUAUGGAAGCGGAGGAGGAAGCGGAUUCUCUGGCGGAUCGCAAGGCAAUCCGUGGGGAAAUCAAGGCGGAAGUGGAGGAGGAAACUGGGGAAAUCAAGGCGGCAUGAGUAACCAAGGAGGCGGUUGGAGCCAGGGCGGAGGAGGCGGCUACCACGGAGGCGGCAGCCAAGGUGGCUGGGGUGGAUCUAGCGGAGGAAGUGGAGAUGGAAACUUUGGUCACUAUGGCGGGGGAAGCCAGCAUGGUGGAUACAGUAGCGGAGGUGGCGGCGGCGGCAGUGGCGGAGGAGGAAGCAGCGGAGGCGGCGGUCCCAUGCGAGGAGGAAACUACAUGGGAGGCAGACCAGGCCCCUACUCAAGUGGAGGUGGUAGUGGAGGAGGCGGUGGCGGAGGUGGCUACAGUGGCGGUGGCGGAGGUGGACGCAGAUAUUGAAAGUUCCCGCAAUCAGAUGGUUUAUUAAGGAUGAGACAGUGAGAGGAUGAGGCAGAAUAGUGGUCUUUAUAGCUAGCUAGCAAACCAGGAUAGCUAGAGACAGUUCUCCUACCAAUGUCUUCUACACCACCAAAUGUACAAGAUCCAUUCGUUGUUUCUCCAUAAGAAUUACUUAUCAUCAAAUCUGAGAAAUCUAAACGCAGGGAACUUCAAUGCUUACUCGCGACUAUAAGAUUGUAGGUCUUCUUUUCAAACACGUGACACAUUUUAAUGUUUUAAUGUCAAUUCGCAACUUACUAUUUGUGCUGAAAAUAUUUUACACCUCAGUUUUGUGUAGACUCGGCAAUUUCAGUGUUUUGUGCCAGCUUCCCGGAUUAUUGCAUUUGAAGGGGGGUCUAAAAUUUUUGUUAUUUUUAAGGCAUACAUUAAGACCAUCACUUAACUGUGUACUCCGCAUUUAAAAGUUACCACAGCAGAAUUUUUCCUAAAAUCAGGUCCCUUGUGCUGUAGGAAAUUGAUUGGCAAUCAAGAGGGUUAUGAUUUUGUGGUGGAAACUUUUAAGAGUAGGAAGAUUGCACACUGUGUGAAACAAAAGGAUAAUGUAACCAUAGCUAUAAAAUCCUUAAUCUGUAAAAUAACUGUGCAAGGGAAUAAACAACAAAAAUUACAAGGA